AUGUUAGGAUUAGGAGGCGUACGAUCCGUCGUACGGACAGUGUGUAUGAAGAAUGCUUUACAAUGGCAUCAAAUAAAACAUCUUCGCGCUGCUACACAAUGCAACUGGUUGUUGCAAAGAAUCGCACAUCGGGAGAAGUACACCAAUGCGAGCAAAUACAAGGGUGGAAAGCUGGCUGGACGGCGCCAAAAAGCUAUAGAAGCGGAAACAGAUCGAUCCUCACCGGAAGAUGAUGAUUCGUUCGGUGAAAAGAACAAUCGAUCCGAACUAAUAGAGGAUCGUGAGUACGAUACCGUAGCUUCCACGGCCAUGCAUGUGACAAAACACAUCCUCAAUGUACAGCACGUAGUCAUCAUACAGCCGUACAUUAAGUGGGGCCCUCGGAAGAAUCCUACUAAACCGGAACUAUUGCUACAGGAAGCGGAAGCACUCGUACGCUCACUGCCCCGAUGGAACAUCGAGCUUACUAUGAAGGUUCCGGUGGAAACGCUCGACAAGCGACAGCUGUUCGGUACCGGCAAGCUGGAGGAACUCAAAGGCAUCAUCCAAGCGCGCCAAGAGUCCGGCACACCGCUCACCUGUGUGUUUAUCAGCAAAGGCACACUGACUUACCAGCAAAAGCAAACGCUCGAGCAAGCGUUCCGUCUUCCGGUGAUGGAUCGAUACUCGAUCGUAGUACAGAUUCUUCGACUGCACGCCGUCAGCAUGGAAGCGAAGCUACAGGUUGCCCUUGCCGAGCUACCGUACAUCUGGUCCCAGGUGAAAGAUCAGGAAGGAUCCCCAAAAGGCUCUGGCGGACGCAUCUUUCUAAGUGAUUCCCAACGCCAAAUGCUACAGUUGCGCGAACGCAAGCUACGAAACGAACUUUCCGCAAUACGAUCACACCGCGAGCUGCUUCGUAACCGCCGGCGGCAGAAAAAUUUCCCUGUCGUAGCAGUGGUCGGUUACACAAACGCUGGCAAAACCUCACUCAUCAAAGCACUAACGGAAGAGCAAAGCCUCCAGCCACGCGAUCAACUGUUUGCCACGUUAGACGUAACGGCCCACGCCGGACUGUUGCCGUGCAAGCUGGAAGUAUUGUACAUGGAUACGGUUGGCUUUAUGGCGGACAUUCCUACCGGACUGAUUGAAUGUUUCGUAGCAACGCUCGAGGAUGCUAUGUUGGCCGAUGUAAUUGUACACGUGCAGGAUAUGGCACACGAAAACUGUUCCGAACAGCGAGCACACGUGGAGCGUACGUUGGGUAAGCUGAUGCACAACGGCGAACGAUCGUUAAACCCGGAACGUAUCAUUAAUGUAGGCAACAAGAUCGACCUCGUACCGGAUCCGUCCGCAUUGGAUGUGGAAUGUAACGAUUAUGGGCGAUUGCAUCUCAUAUCUUCCCAAACGUUGGUCGGUGUGCACGAGCUGCUGCUGGAGGUGGAACGAAGAGUCCUGAAGCUUACUGGGCGACAGCGGAUUGUGAUACGGGUACCGAUGGGUGGUCAGGAAAUGGCAUGGUUGUAUAAAAAUGCAGCCGUUACGGAAACCGCAGCCGAUCCGGCCGAUGCCGAACGGUUGCUGGUGAGUGUGGUAAUAACGGAGGCCAAAUUGCAACAGUUCCGUCAUUUAUUCAUCCGUAAACGAAGCUGA